AAAAAAGAAGAGACAAAGUCCUGUUCCAAGGGUUCUUUUUUUUCACUUUCUAAUUGGUGACCUUUAUAGCAUAGUAUCCUUGGAAGUUUUUAAUUUUGCUAAGUGUUUUUUCUUCUGUCAUUUGUUUGUUUACAUGCCUUAUAUAUUAUUUUUUGUUCUCCACUUUUAAGUAACAGGCUUCAUUUUUAUUUGUCAUUUAUGGAAAAAGUAGCUAAAUAGUUUAAAAUGUCAUUAUAUGUUAAUGACUUUUAUUAACUUCAAAUAAAGUCACAUUUGGCUAAAAAUUUCAAUCAUAGUAUAAAAUAAAUGGAAAAGGAUAUGUGUUAAUUAGCUAUAAUAAUGAAAAAAUAAAAUCAAUAAUAUUGACUUUUAAGACAUUCUAUUCUGGGUAAUUCCCCUCCCUCCAAAAUCCUUACUCAUUAAUUUUGUGCCAUUGGCAUUGGCCUUUGCCAUCAACUCUCAGACAACACAAGAAUGACGGCGUGUAAGGAACAGGGGUGGCUUUUCAUUGGCAGGAGAUUUGAGCGUGAGUGUUAACCUGUGAUGAGAAUAUGUGGUGUUAGUUGAGAUCUCCUGAGGAUGCCAUGGUAAGUCUUUUGCUGUUGCCUUUGUACCAGCAUUUUGUGCCGCUUAGAGGCAGUGCUCCAGAUUCUCGUCACAUCUGCUUCAUAGAAUGGGGAUCCACCACAGUAGAAUUUGUAAGAAAGGCUUCUCUGUUUAAAAAGAAGUGACCUGAAAUCUACUGUUUGUAGACUGAAAACUGACGGGAGUGUCCCUUACCCCUGACAAAGAUGCAUCCUAUUGCUUUGUGAGUCACUGCGGUCCACAGAUUGGAUCUCAUGCCUUUAUUUUAUUUUUCUGUUUUAAAGAUGGGAAUCUCCUUCUGUAGCCUGGCUUGGCCUGGUAGUAGCCGUGUAACCUUGAUUGGCCUUGAUCAUAAGGUUAUAAAUUCUAGUUAAAUUCAAUCCGUCAGAAGAAACAUCACCAGAACUUUAUUAAGAAUGGAUUCUGAGAAUAAACAUGAAAAUGAUGAGGAUGAGGAAGCCACAGACACGAAAAUCAUUUCCUCCUGUGAUGCCAGUUGUGGGCCUGUAUCCGAUGGGAUAGCAAAUGCCUCUGAGAGUUUCACGAGCAAAAGGGUUUUUUCAGAAUCGUCCAGCUCAGACAGUGUUGCUGUGGAGGAAGAGAGAAAUGAACUUGCUUCCAAACGAAGGAGAAUAGAGCCCUGUGAGAUGGAAGAGCAGGGCACCUCUGGGUUGGACACUGAAGAAGCUGAUGUAGGACAGGAGGCCUUCUCCACCAACCACUCAGAUGGAGGCCAAGCCCUUCCCAGUGUCUUCUCCCCACCAGGGGAUUUUAGUACAUUUGAUACUCUUCAUUUGAAAGCAGAUGCGGAGAGAAAGCCUGCUCAGGAAACGGUUUCCCUAGUUCCGGAAAGACACACUCCUUUUCCUCCAGAAGAAAUGAGUGUUAGUAGCUUUGGAAAUGCAGAGACAGUUCUCAAGUGCAGGAUGUGUGGCCAUUCAUUUUCCUCUUGCUCUGCUUUGGAAGAGCAUGUGGAAUGUCGUGUGGAACAGGAGAAGAAGUGUGCCUGCUGCCACUGUAGCCACAGAGCAGAGAGCAGCUCGCCUCCUCACGUGCAUGUCAAACAUACUCACGGGCCUCAGAAAAUUUUUUCCUGUGAUCUCUGCGGCUUCCACUGUGCCGAAGAAAACCUGCUGAAUGCGCAUUAUCUUGGCAAAACACACCUUCGGCGUCAGAACCUUGCUGCUCGUGGAGGAUUUGUACAAAUCUUAACAAAACAGCCUUUUCCUAAAAAAUCCUGUGUCAUGGGAACAAAGAAUGUUAGAACGAAACCAAGAGCUUCUAAACCACUGGCAAGGAAUGGGGAUUCCAAAGGAGUGCAGAACACUGGGAACAACUCUCAGGCCUGCAGAGGAACCCUUUCUGAACACAGUGGUGCUGGGAGUGAGCUGCUUGUCGAAAUGGUGCCAUCUAGGAAUACCUCAUCAGGGAAAGAAGAAGUUGUUGAGGAAAGUGUUACUUUUGGUGUAGUUCAAAGUCCUGAAAAUCAGAACAAACAGCUAGGGGGCUUAGUAAGCUCAGAGGGUCUUUUAGGUAAACCGGAAUCCAUUAAGAAUACCCUCCAGAGAGCGCAUAUUAGUAUCAGUGCCACCUCGAGGACAAGAUCUGAGCGAAAUCUCCUCAUGUUGGGUCAUAGCUUUCGCAGAAGAACUGGCACCUUUACUUUAAAGGGCCAGGCAAAGAAAAGGUUUAAUCUUCUAGGAAUUAAUAAGAGGGGUACCAAUGAAACUCAGAGGAUGUAUAUGAAACACUUUAGAACACAGAUGAAGCCAAAUGAUGCACAGCCAAUGACAGAACAAAGACAAACGAGCCAGGAUGUCCAAAGUCUGUGUGUGACUACCUCAGACGACGCAGAAGGGACGCAGGACAAGACAGCUUCCCAUCUUUCGGGCUCCACGCAGCUGGGCUCCCUGCCAGUAAAACCAGCUCCAGUCUGCCAGGUCCUGUGUACCUGUCCAGAGUGUGGUCAUAUAGCUGCAGACAAGACAGACUUGGAAAUUCAUGUGAGAAGGUGCCCUGCAAGAGAGAUGCGGUUUUGCUGUCAGACCUGUAACUUUUCUAGUCCGUCGAGGGAAGGCUUAGAGGAACACUUUCAUAAUGACCAGCACCAGCAGGUGGCUCCUGCCCUCAGCUGCCAGCAUUGUUCCUUCGUUUCCUUGAAUGAAGUGGGUCUUAGAGACCACAUGAAGGAAAUGCAUAACAUGGGCUUUUUUUGCACCUCCUGUAAUCUGUUCUUGCCUGAAAAGGAUGUGGAAGAACACAGAGCAACUGAGAUGCAUAAUAGUUUAGUGGUCCAACCCAAGACGGCAUCAUCAUUGAGCAGGGACUCUGUUUUACCUUUAAGUACUUUAGAAUCAGAAAACAUGGAAGAUUCUAGAGAAGAAUCAGGGAAAGCAGCUAAGGAAGAUCCUGCUGAGUCGAGGGUCAGCCAUGGAACUGAAGCAAGGCAUUCAAGUAAGCCUCAGUUUCAGUGUAAGAAGUGCUUUUACAAAACACGGUCUUCCACCGUCCUCACGAGACACAUAAAGCUUCGGCAUGGGCAAGACUAUCACUUUCUUUGUAAAGCAUGUAAUCUUUAUUCAUUGAGCAAAGAAGGGAUGGAGAAGCACAUUAAAAGAAGCAAACACCUUGAAAAUGCUAAGAAAAAUAAUAUUGGUUUAAGUUUUGAAGAGUGCAUUGAAAGGGUGUGCAUAGGUGCAAAUGAUAGAAAGGAGGAGUCUCACGUUUCUGGAAGUGGAAGAGCCGAAGGCCAUGUUGGUGUGCGAUUACAGGAGCAUUCCUGUCGUGAGCAGAGCUUGCUGCCUCCUAAGGAGCUGCCCCAGUCUGGUGUCGGCACCAGAGAUGAUGAAUUAGCCUUAGCCCCUGCUCCAAAGAGAGGGCGGCCCAAAGGCAGCAUUUCACGGACCUGUUCACACUGUGGACUUCUGGCCUCUAGUAUUACAAAUUUGACGGUGCACAUCAGGCGUAAACACAGUCACCAGUAUAGUUAUUUAUGCAAAGUCUGUAAGUAUUAUACUGUAACUAAAGGAGAUAUGGAACGUCAUUGUGCCACCAAGAAACAUAAAGGACGGGUGGAAAUAGAAGCAAAUGGGAAACAAAGCUCAGAUAUAAUUGUUGGCCCAGAAGGGGGUGAUCUUGAAGCGUGUAAAAAGAAUUCCCCUGGAGCAGUGACCGCUUCCAAUGAGCAGGCUGACAGGUCCGCUGGGUCUGCUGCAUCGCCUACAGAUAAGCCGGUGGUCGACUGUGAAAACGCAGUAGAAGUUGAAGCUGAGAAUGUGUUUCAUUCUGGAGAUGGAGAAGGUAGCCGUCGACUCUCUGAUAGAAAGGGGCAGCUCUCUCUAGAUCCAGAGGACCUUCUACAGCAGAAUGAUGUGUGCUCUCAGAGAGAUGUUGCAGGUUCAGGUGACAAUAGAUGUCUGCACUGUGAGUUCAGUGCUCACUCAGCUGCUUCGCUAGAGCUGCAUGUGAAAAGGAAGCACACCAAAGAGUUUGAGUUUUAUUGCAUGGCCUGUGAUUACUAUGCAGUGACUCGCAGGGAAAUGACUAGGCAUGCUGCAACAGAGAAGCAUAAGAUGAAAAGGCAGUCUUACCUCAACUCCUCUACUGUGGAAGCAGGUUCUUCAGAAAUGUCCAAAAGCAUCCUUGUGCCUGAGGAGGGGCAUUCACAAAACCCUGAGGAAUUUAAAAUAAAACCAGACCAAUCAUCUGAUACUCUCAAACCUAGAAAUGCUGCAGAUUGCUCUAUUUUAGAUGAGAAUGCUAGCUUAGACAUGUCUAAAGUACUCUGUGUUCCUGACGCAGUAGAAAUUGUGACUGAGGAAGAUCAUUCCUUUUGUGAGACCUUGCAACAGCCCCUUGCUAAGGACAAACAUAUGAAACCUGGGGAGAUAGUGUCCCUUAAUACACCCUCUAAUCAUGGCUCCCCAGCCCGUCUUCAAGCUGACAAUCCAGGAGACUAUGCUGCGGAUUGUGAGACAGGAAAGGAAAACCAUGGCUUGUUGAACGAUGCCGAUGCUGGUGACCCAAGGACACGCUGUGAAGGUGAGGGAGGCAGUACCAGUGAUAGUGGAGGUAAAGUCCUUGACAAGUCCCUCUCCUCUGGAGACUUAGAUGGGGACCAUUCCGCUGAAUCCACUUCCCCUGCUGGGGACCUGGAUGGUGGCGGCCAGAGCAAAGCUGGAUGUGAACCGAGUUCAGAAGACUUGAAAGAUGUGCAAGCUGACCCUGUUCUCGAGAAUAAGGAAAUCCUGAUGAACUCACAACAUGAGAUUGUUUUAGAAGAGGAUGGCCCAGCUUCUGAUGACACAGUUGACAGUAACGAUGUGUAUGAAACUAUAAUAAGUAUUGAUGACAAAGGGCAAACCAGGUACAGUUUUGGCCGGUUUGAUUCUUCCAUAAUUAGAAUAAAAACUUCUGAAGAUGGUGAAUUGGUAGAUCAGUCGGAAGAGGGUCUUCUGGCAGCAGGGGUGAGAGUUAGUGAGUUGCCCCCAAAAGACUGUGUUCAAGGCUUGAAGAAGAGGAAAGUUGAAGGCAGUUCCUUCGGCGAGUCCACACGAAUCCGAUGUGAUGAUUGUGGUUUCUUAGCAGAUGGAUUGAGUGGACUGAAUGUCCACAUAGCUAUGAAGCAUCCCACGAAAGAGAAACACUUCCAUUGUUUACUUUGUGGGAAAUCCUUCUAUACCGAGAGCAACCUUCACCAGCAUUUGGCUAGUGCUGGCCAUAUGAGAAAUGAACAGGCCAGUGUAGAAGAGCUUCCAGAGGGAGGGGCCACCUUCAAAUGUGUCAAGUGUACAGAGCCCUUUGAUUCUGAACAGAACUUGUUUCUACACAUUAAAGGACAACACGAGGAAUUGCUACGGGAGGUAAAUAAGUACAUAGUGGAAGACACUGAGCAAAUCAAUCGCGAGAGAGAGGAAAACCAGGGGAACAUCUGCAAGUACUGUGGGAAGAUGUGUCGGAGCAGCAACUCCAUGGCCUUUCUGGCUCACAUUCGCACCCACACAGGUAUGUAACCCUGGUAGCAAGCCUGCGUU